AUGCACGCAAGACACGUAUUCGUCUCCGUUUUCCUCUUCCUCCUCGCGCUCUGCCUCGUCGCGCUCCUGCCACCGACCGGGUUGCCGCCGUCGCCGCGGUCGUUCUUCCAGCCUUGGCUGCCGCCGGUCAGCAGCAGGAGCGGCACGGAGCACGGCAGCGCCGGCACCGAAUGCGACUACUCCGACGGGCGAUGGGUGAGGGACGACGCCGGCGUGACGGCGUACACGGAGGGCUGCCCGUUCCUCGACCCCGGCUUCCGGUGCCUGCGGAACGGCCGCAGGGACGACUCCUUCCGGUACUGGCGCUGGCGGCCUCACCGCUGCCACCUCCCUAAGUUCAACGCAACGGAUAUGCUGGAGAGGAGCCGGAAUGGCCGGAUCGUGUUCGCCGGGGACUCGAUCGGCCGGAACCAGUGGGAGUCCAUGGUGUGCAUGCUCGCCGGCGCCUCGCCGGCCGGCGCGUCCAGGGUGUACGAGCAGUCCGGGAAGCCGAUCAGCCGGCACAAGGGCUACCUCUCCAUGGUCUUCGCCGACUACAACCUCUCCGUCGAGUACUACCGCGCGCCGAUGGUCGUGAUGGUCGACCGCUUCCCGGCGAACGCGACGAGAGGCGGCGGCGGCGUGAGGGGAGCUGUUCGGCUCGACGUGCUGCCCCGGCACGCCGACCGGUGGGCAGGCGCCGACGUGCUCGUGCUUAACACGGGGCACUGGUGGAACGUGCACAAGACUGUCAAAGCAGGGAACUAUUUCAUGGUUGGCGACCGCUUGAACAUGACCAUGGACAUCAGGGAAGCAUUUUGGUUGUCCCUGCAAACUGUGAAGGAUUGGGAGUUGAGCAGUGCACAGUUUUCCCAGAGCUAUUUCUUCUUCAGGAGUUAUUCUCCUUCGCAUUAUAGCAAUGGCACCUGGAACACAGGUGGCUCGUGCGCCGGCCGGCUUGAUCCACUGAUGACCACUACGGACCACUUCGGUGAAGAGUACUCAUGGAUGAACGCGAUGAUCGCGAAGACGAUGGAAGGUAUCAGGAGCCACGGAAGGAAGGCACAGUUCUUGAACAUCACUCACAUGACAGAGCUCAGACUGGACGGCCACCCCUCUCGGUACCGGGAGCCGGGAACGCCGCCGGACGCACCCGAGGAUUGCAGCCACUGGUGCCUGCCGGGCGUGCCGGACACUUGGAAUGAGGUCCUCUACGCACAUCUCUUGUCCAUGGGGUACGACACAAGAAGGAAACAUAGAUGA